AGCAGCACCUCUGAAGGGAUUUGCAAAGCGGGGCGCUUUGAGGUUGUCUGUCUUGUUGCUAGAUUGCUAGCUAGCUAGUUCGUGUUCAUACUACCCCUGAUUUUUUGCCAACUCCGUGUUUGCUUUGCCACGUAGUGGGUGUGUAUGCGCGCGUGGGUUUGUCCAAUUAGUUAAUUGAUUUUUGUUUCAGAGUUUUAAAGAAUAUUGUUGGACUGCAGUUCAUCUUUUCACAUGUGGGCGGUUGCUCUUGAACGUACUGCACUCAUCAGACGUUCAGCCAUUGAUUUACGAUGGCUAAGCAGAGGAUAGUUAGACUUACAGCAUAAACCAGUGGGUUUAAGGCUGUUCAAUCGUCGUGCAGGCCGGAGAAACACAGAGGUCAUCUGCAUAAAGAGGGAUUUAGGAAUGUUUUUUACAAACACUGAUCAGCCCAAAAUGACAGUUUUACUGCUUCCAUUCUCUCUUAAAUGACAUCAACACACAGACAUGGGCUUUGUACGACUCGUGGCAAGAAUCAUGAGUAGGGUCAGCACAUUCAGAUCCUAUCAGUUUCUGCUACUACUUGCUGCGGCACUCGCCGUUGUGGCUUUUUACUACUUUGGCUCAGAAAGACACAACUUCUCCAGCACCACUAAAAGGAUCAAGCAGACCCAAGCGAGCACCAACAGAAAUGAUGCAGACCUAACAAUGGACACGAGCCUGAUGCACCAGACUGGAGAUGAAGAGAAAGCACUAGAAGAGCAAUACCAAGGAAUGAAGAGCGAGACGUUUGCUUUAGGAAAAGGGAAGGUUGAAGCCGGUGGCCAGCACUACCACGUGCUCAUGAUGUUCACCAAGGUGGACAAAAGUCGAGGCCUGCAGGAUAAAUUCAAAGUCGCCAUGCUGUCGAUGGUAAAGCAUGGACAUUUCUUGAAAGGGGAGGUGUUGGUGCUUCACUUUGUAAGCGACAAAGCCAGCCAACAACUUGGUCAGAGGAUGCUGCAGGACUUUCUCCAAGAUGCAACAUUCAAGUAUGAAGUUCUAUUCCACGAUGUUGCAGAGCUGACCCAGACUCUCUUCCCCAUUGUCGAAGCCAUGCAGAAGCAUUUCAGUGCUGGCUCUGGCGCUUACUACAGCGACGCCAUCUUCUUCCUGUCUGUAGCCAUGCAUCACAUCAUGCCUGAAAGUCUGACACAUAUCGUGCAGCUUGACUUGGACCUGAAGUACAGGACCAACAUCAGGAAUCUUUUCCAAGAAUUUGACAAAUUUCCUCCAGGAGCAGUAAUAGGCAUCAUCAGAGAAAUGCAGCCAGUCUACAGACACACCUUCUGGCAGUACCGCAAGGAGAACCCCCAGACCAAAGUAGGAGAACCUCCUCCUGACGGACUCCCAGGUUUCAACAGUGGCGUGAUGCUAUUGGACCUGCAGGGAAUGAGGGCCUCAGCUCUCUAUAACCAGCUUCUAGAGCCAAGUAAUGUUGCCAAACUGGCAGACAAGUAUCGCUUUAGAGGUCACCUGGGUGACCAGGACUUCUUCACUAUGAUUGGCAUGGAGCAUCCUAACCUGUUUUAUUCCUUACCCUGCGGCUGGAACCGGCAGCUGUGCACCUGGUGGAGGGACCACGGUUACGCAGACGUCUUUCAGUUGUACUAUCGUUGCGAGGGACCUGUUUAUAUCUACCAUGGAAACUGUAAUUCCCCCAUACCAGAAGACUGAACUACGUCACCGCCACUCACAUGUUCUUUAGGAUUCCUUCUUGUUGGGAGGCACAACUGGAUUGGUUGACUUUCUUCAACGCUUUCCAAACUUGACCUGUGCCUGCCAAGGGGUUCAUGACGGACUAACUAGUGAAGCUGUUAGCUAGGAGGGCAGAACCAAAGCACUCCAAAUUAAUGUACCGAUGAGAAAUGUUCUGGAUUACAACAUAAGAGCAAAGCACAAAUGAUAAAAAGGAUUCUCAUCUUUGUAGGCUUUGCCGUGUCAUUCAAACCUGCAUAAUUUCAUGCAAAUUAAUGUUUCUGUUUAUACCUUAAGAAAAAUAAAUGUUUAAUUUAUAUUCUAUUGAAAACAAACUUUAAAAUCUUAACAAAUCAAUAGAAAAAAGGUUUUUGGCAUUAUAGAUAAAAACAUUCUAAUAUUGAUGAAAAUGAACACAACGGUGGACUUUUCAUCUUUCUGCAGCACUGUGGCAGCUUCUUCCAUGAGCUGGUGGAAAAAGAGGUGAGUCAAUGGAGCAUUAAUGAUCAUGUUUUGCGCUCAGCAUUUGCAUUUUACCGAGGCCAAACACAAACCUACAUCAGUGGGCGGUCCAGACGCUGACCCACUUUGUCUUUACUGGCUCUGUGAAAACAGAACUGACAUUUGGACUAAAAAAGAAAAUGUGGCAACUACUGAAACAAUUGUAUAAUUUCAUGAAAAUGAAAGUAUAAGGAACAUUUUUCAACACACAGAAUUUGAAAAUAAAAACAAUGUGAUAACUUA